GGAGGCUGUCAACCCGCGGCGGGGCCUUCCGCCUCGCGGACUCGCGAGCCGCCGGGAUGGCGGUGCUCAAGCUGGCGGACCAGCCACCACUGGUCCAGGCCAUCUUUAGUGGCGAUCCCGAGGAGAUCCGGGUGCUUAUCCACAAAACGGAAGAUGUGAACGCACUGGAUUCUGAGAAACGAACUCCCCUUCAUGUGGCAGCAUUUCUGGGUGACGCAGAGAUCAUUGAGCUCCUGAUUCUGUCAGGAGCUCGUGUCAAUGCCAAGGACAACAUGUGGCUGACCCCUCUACACCGGGCUGUGGCUUCCAGGAGUGAGGAAGCAGUUCAAGUGCUGAUCAAGCACUCAGCCGAUGUCAACGCAAGGGACAAGAACUGGCAGACGCCCCUGCACGUGGCCGCGGCCAACAAAGCAGUCAAGUGCGCGGAAGUGAUCAUCCCGCUGCUGAGCAGCGUCAACGUGUCGGACCGCGGCGGGCGCACAGCCUUGCACCACGCCGCUCUGAAUGGCCACGUGGAGAUGGUCAACCUACUCCUAGCCAAAGGGGCGAACAUCAACGCAUUCGACAAGAAGGACCGGCGCGCGCUGCACUGGGCAGCAUACGUAGGCCACCUGGACGUUGUGGCCCUGCUUAUUAACCACGGUGCAGAAGUGACCUGCAAGGACAAGAAGGGUUACACCCCGCUCCAUGCCGCGGCCUCCAAUGGGCAGAUCAACGUUGUCAAGCAUCUCCUGAAUCUCGGUGUAGAGAUCGACGAAAUCAACGUGUACGGGAACACGGCCCUGCACAUCGCCUGUUACAACGGCCAGGACGCGGUGGUGAGCGAGCUGAUUGACUACGGCGCCAACGUGAACCAGCCCAACAACAGCGGCUUCACCCCGCUGCACCUCGCCGCCGCCUCCACCCACGGAGCCCUGUGCCUGGAGCUGCUGGUGAACAACGGGGCGGACGUGAACAUCCAGAGUAAAGAUGGCAAAAGCCCGCUGCACAUGACGGCUGUCCACGGGCGGUUCACGCGGUCACAGACCCUCAUUCAGAAUGGAGGUGAAAUCGACUGUGUGGACAAAGAUGGCAACACGCCCCUCCACGUGGCCGCACGCCACGGCCACGAGCUCCUCAUCAACACCCUGAUCACCAGUGGAGCGGACACGGCCAAGUGUGGAAUCCAUAGCAUGUUUCCCUUACAUUUAGCUGCCCUAAAUGCCCACUCUGACUGCUGCAGAAAGCUCUUAUCAUCAGGCUUUGAAAUAGACACCCCAGAUAAAUUUGGAAGAACGUGCCUGCACGCCGCUGCCGCAGGAGGUAAUGUGGAAUGUAUAAAACUCUUGCAAAGCAGUGGAGCAGAUUUCCAUAAGAAGGACAAGUGCGGGAGAACUCCUCUGCACUAUGCAGCCGCAAACUGUCAUUUCCACUGUAUUGAGACAUUAGUGACCACAGGCGCCAACGUCAACGAAACGGACGACUGGGGCCGGACGGCUCUGCACUAUGCCGCGGCCUCAGACGUGGACAGAAAUAAGGCGAUGCUGGGAAGUGCCCAUGAAAAUUCAGAAGAACUUGCAAGAGCCAGGGAGCUGAAGGAGAAGGAAGCUGCUCUAUGUCUGGAAUUCCUGCUUCAGAACGAUGCAAACCCGUCCAUCCGGGACAAGGAGGGCUACAACAGCAUCCAUUACGCGGCUGCCUACGGCCACCGGCAGUGUCUGGAGUUGCUUCUGGAGAGAACCAACGUUGGGUUUGAAGAGUCCGAAUCUGGUGCUACCAGGAGUCCACUGCACUUAGCGGCCUACAACGGGCACCAUCAAGCCUUGGAAGUCCUCCUGCAGACGCUGGUGGAUCUGGACAUCAGGGACGAGAAAGGCCGCACACCACUGGACCUGGCCGCCUUCAAGGGACACACAGAGUGUGUGGAAGCGCUUGUCAACCAGGGCGCCUCCAUCUUUGUGAAGGACAACGUGACCAAGCGAACCCCUCUGCAUGCCUCAGGUGUGGUCCCAGGGCGCCUCCUGGUGGCCGAGGGGAUUCACUCCAUCAUGACAGGACACGAGGAGUGCGUGCAGAUGCUGCUGGAGCAGGAGGUGUCGGUGCUCUGCAGGGACUUCCGGGGGAGGACGCCGCUGCACUACGCCGCCGCCCGGGGCCACGCCACGUGGCUGAGCGAGCUGCUGCAGCUGGCCCUGGCCGAGGAGGACUGCUGCCUGCGGGACAGCCAGGGCUACACACCCCUGCACUGGGCCUGCUACAACGGUAAUGAAAACUGCAUAGAGGUGCUUUUGGAGCAAAAGUGUUUCCGCACGUUUGUGGGUAACCCCUUCACGCCUCUUCACUGCGCAAUAAUAAAUGACCAUGAGAGUUGUGCGUCGCUGCUGCUGGGCGCCAUCGAUUCCAGCAUCGUCAGCUGCAGAGACGACAAAGGCAGGACCCCGCUCCAUGCGGCAGCGUUCAGGGACCACGUGGACUGCCUGCAGCUGCUUCUGCGACACAACGCUCAGGUGAACGCCGAGGACAAUGCGGGGAAGACGGCGUUGAUGAUGGCCGCAGAGAACGGGCAGGCGGGUGCCGUAGACGUUUUGGUGAACCACAUCCAGGCUGAUCUGACUGUGAAGGAUAAGGACUUGAAUACACCCUUACAUCUAGCUAGCAGUAAAGGCCAUGAAAAAUGUGCCUUGUUAAUACUUGACAAGAUCCAAGACGAGAGCCUUAUUAACGCCAAAAACAACGCGCUGCAGACGCCUCUUCAUAUCGCUGCACGCAAUGGCUUGAAGGUGGUCGUGGGGGAGCUGCUGGCCAAAGGAGCCUGUGUCCUCGCCGUGGAUGAGAAUGCUUCUAGGUCAAACGGACCCCGUUCCACACCUGGGAUAGCUGCACAGAAAGAAGAGUGAGACCCAAAACUUAUGCACAUGCACACGCACACACAUGUGUACAUGCAUGUGUAUGUAUGUAGCUCACCAGCCAGCUGAACACGAGGACCAAAAUGCGUCAGCCUAAAAUGGAAGAUUUAGAGUGUUUUCCUUCAAAGCGCAAGUAAGAACUACAGGAGCUUUUCUAUGGAGCUCAGAUAUCAUCUUUUCUGAGUACAGUCUUUGUUGUAUUUUGUAAUUCUUAUGACAGAGACUUCCAGUGGACAGCUGAACAUUUGCAACUGGUAAUACAUUGACCACGGUUUAUUUUUCUGCCAAACUAGAGAUGUCCAUAUACUUUUGAUGUAAAUGUUUUUAUAUUUAUUUGAAUGAAAGAAAUAUGAGGAAACAUCCACUGUUCUGUUUUCAUUGCUAUGUAUUUUAUUUAGAAUAAUUUUUUAAAAACAUUAGAAACCACCUUUGACCCCAGGUGCUCUAAGCCCUGGGGACAAAACCAGCAUUUCCAUGGCGAAUGAUCUGCGUGUGCUCUCAGGCCCUCCCCAGCCUAUCUGCAGCCAGCUAAAAGCUUAGAAGAUACCACAACCCACAGCUCUUCUGGGAGCUGGGAGCUGGCGUGCCUAGUGGACCCACGCACAAAGGCGCUUCAAAGACCCACAAAUCUCCUGCAGAUGCUGAAAAUCUCACCUGGUCCCCGCACCCCAAGGGCAGUGCUGCUGGUGUGCGUGCUGAGCCCACAGGAAGAGAAAAUCCCCAGCUCAGCCGCAUUUCCCACUGGAGAGAGAGACAGGCAAGGGGCUGGUUGUGUUGGAGGAGAAUUAUUAAACGUUUUAUGACAGGUUCUAUCUCUCCCUGGAAAUGUGUGAGGUAGUUUUAAAAACAGUAUUCUCUCCCCUCUGAAUCAAGUAUAGUCACUGAAUUACCUUUUCCAUCUAGCUGUAAAAGACCUUAAUCUUCCUCUUGUAAUAUCCUGGAUUUAAUUAAAACUCAUGGGUCCUUCACAAAUGAGAACUUGCACAAAAGGGAAAACAUCAAAAAAUGUGACAGUGCCAACAUUGUUUCUUAAAUUCGCAGUGUGGCGUUUCCCUCCUCCUCCUCUUUUUGUUUACAGAAGGUAAAUCUUUUAAAAGUGGGCAAAUUGCUAAUGGGCAAUAAUGACUUUUUCUUUACCAAAACACUGAAAAUAAAGGAGCUCCAGCGUCAAAGAAGCAUGACAUACUGCAGUGUCUUUUUCUAGAAGUAAUUGGAAAUCUUGCUCGGUGGCAUUUAAGGCAGGAAAUGAAAUGCUGCGCCGAGGGGCCGCGCCUGCCGCUUUCCCCAUCGAGUAGCAACACGCAGGGCUCCUUGGAGAGGAGCGGAGACCCAGCGUCAGACACAGGCUCCUGCGGAGGGUGUUUGGCUUUUCGCUUUGUCUUCCUGCUAGAAGGAAGGAAAUAAAUGCUCGUUGGAACUGAUCCUUGAAUCAGCGUCUAGCCUUCCCACCCACUCAGCCCCUCUGUUUCAUUGUGAGAUCAAAUAUUUUUAAAGAAUGACAUUAAAAAUUGUGGUUUCUGUAUGCUCCAGUUGCAUCUCUUAGAAAUAAUCUGUUUGCAACCCAGCUUUGUAAAGACAGAGACCAGAAGGCAUGUGUUUGAGUCAUUUGCUUAGUGCUGUUCCCUAAAUCUGUCAUUUUUAGACUCAUUUUUAACCACAGCCGCAGGACCACGUUCACCUCACUUGCCUGUUCACCAGUGUCUGCCUAUCUUUGGUAAAUACAUUUUCUGUCUCCAAAUUGCCUAAAAUCUGCUCUGAUUCUACAGUAACUAGCUCAGGGGAUUUCUAUUUAUCACUACUAAAAGGGCACCAUAGUAUGUUUUGGUACUUGAGGCAGUAAACAGCUGCUUGAUGUAUUCUUUUCUUAUGAAGUUCGAACGAGGACCUGCAAUGGAUUUGCUGCACUAGUUAAUCUCGUACUGUCCAGCGACUUGUUUGCUAGUCCGUUGUGUUGGUUGAAGAACUCAUUCCUCUCCCUGUCUUGUAACAUGAAGUUAGAGUGCCUUUUUAUAUUUGUAUAUUCUGAAACUGUUUUGUGAAACAUUUUGUAUUCUUUUUUCAUUUGAGUAUUAUCAGAGCAAUAUAAUGCCAGUGAGGUUUCAUUUCAACUUUUCGUUGAAUGUAUAGUGUUUUUUCCUACUUCCCCCAUCUCUGCUUUGAAAUGAAAAUGCUAAAGUUUUCUAUAGGACUUAUGUGUGAUAUUGCUAAAAUGCUCUCUUCUCCCACCACUGUAAACUCUCGGUCAGUAUUAUAGGAGAAGAGCAUCGGAAGAUAGUGACCAUCUGAGUGUGUGCAUAGAUUGUCCUGCUCUGCGUUUCUUACGCAGCGAGCUGAAGGUUCGGUGCGAGGACCUUCGUCUGGUAGUUUUGUCUACACCCUUUAUGCUUUCGCAUGUGCAAUAUAUCUUCACAAAGCACGGUGGUACAAGUCUGGUGCCAGGAUUACCUUUUGCAUAACAUAUUUGUAACAGCCUAAAAUAUUGUUUGAUGACUUUGGUGGGAUUUUGUCUGUAAUGUUUUCUUAUGUAAAUCGGAGUUGGGUGACUCUGGUAAAUGUCAUGACUGUAAAAAAUGAGGAAAUUUUGUUUUUGGUUCAGUGAGUGACUCGGAACCAACCUGACUCUUCUCAAGCACAGUUUCAUACUUUUGCAACUACUGGAUGCUCUUGUAACGCAACGAAGUACAUAACUGUAAUCUACUGUGGAAGCGCAUUCAGAGGGUUAUUUUUACAAAUAAAAGCGGUACAAACAUCGUU